UGUGCUUGCCGGCGUGCGACGCGAUUGGGCGGCGUGGGGCCGCAAGGACAUAAUGAUUGGAUAAUUCCAUUCCUUUCGCCCGCCUUCCCCGACUGGGCGCUGAAAACAUUGCCAUGGAGCUCCCCGCGUUGUGAUUGGUCCAUGUAGGGCACGGGGGCUGCGACUCGCCAAUCGGCCUAGGCUUCUCCGUCGCGCGCUUUUCCCUCAAGCUUUCUCUGCAGGAUGGCGGCGUCGGAGGCCUUGGGCCGCGUCUCCGACGUGGACAUCGACUCGGACGGCGUCUUCAAGUACGUGCUAAUUCGCGUCACGCCGGAGGGAGCGGGGCCUGGCAAGGACGUCGUGCGCGGCUACGCCUGGGCCGAGUUUCACGCGGACAUUUAUGACAAGACGGAGGAGGAGCUGAAGAAGCAGGGCUUCCGCUGCCAGUGCCUCGGGGGCGGCCGCAUCUCCCACCAAAGCGCAGCGAAGAAGAUCCACGUUUACGGCUACUCCGUGGGUUUUGGCCAAGCAAAACACUCCGUCUCCACAGAGAAGCUGAAAGCCAGGUACCCCGACUAUGAGGUCACCUGGGCUGACGAAGGAUACUGACACCAGUGGAAAGACCUCAAGGGGGUGGCCUUCGCCUCGUCCAGUCCUGACUGGCGCUGCACGAUCCUGCCACGCACUGGGACUGCCGAGGGAAACCGGCUUGGUUUGCAUGAGAAGGGGUCCGUCUUUGGAUUUGUGUUCUAUAUUGGCCAACAGUUGAAUGUGCCAAGUCUGUGCAUGACUAGAAUGAAAUAAACUCUUGCUGGCCUGACUCGGGUGCUUAACAUGUAGUCUCCACCACAUGCUGAGCCCUGGUUGCAACACCCUUA